UAACGCUCACUUGCUCGGUGAUCCACUCCGUAAAAUCCAAAAAAAUAAAAAGAGCUAAGGGGAAAAAAGCAAAACAGGAAAAGGCGUCAGGUGGAUGAAGCACUCUUCCUACAGCACAGAAUGGAGUUUGCGGAAUUGAUAAAGACCCCCCGGGUGGAUGGCGUGGUCCUACACCGGCCCUUUCUGCCCACCGUGGAGGGAACUCUGUGCUUAACUGGCCACCACCUCAUCCUGUCCUCACGCCAGGACAACACAGAGGAGCUCUGGCUGCUCCAUGCGAACAUCGAUGCUAUUGAGAAGAGGUUCGUCGGCUCUCUUGGCUCAAUUAUCGUGAAAUGCAAGGACCUGCGGAUUAUUCAGUUGGACAUACCUGGCAUGGAGGAGUGUCUCAACAUUGCUAGCUCCAUUGAAGCGUUAUCCACACUCGACUCAGUCUCCCUGAUGUAUCCUUUCUUCUACCGGCCCAUGUUUGAGGUCAUUGAUGAUGGGUGGCACUUGUUCUCACCAGAUGAGGCUUUCAGAGAUCUGGAAUCGAUGACAGAUGAGUGGCGACUUAGUGAAGUGAAUAAAACCUUCAUUGUUUGCCCCUCCUACCCUUCAUUGGUGGCUGUACCCAGGGAAAUAGACGACGACACUCUGUGCAAAGCUGCUGCGUUUCGACACGGCGGACGCUUCCCGGUGCUCAGCUACUACCACAAGAAGAACGGCAUGGUGAUGAUGCGAGCAGGGCAGCCUCUGACUGGAACAAAUGGACGCCGCUGUAAGGAAGAUGAGAAGUUGAUCAAUGCUACACUCCGUGCAGGGAAACGUGGGUACAUCAUCGACACGCGCACUGUUGCGGUAGCGCAGCAGGCUAAGGCCCGCGGAGGUGGGUUUGAACAGGAGGUGAACUACCCGCAGUGGAGGAGAAUCAACAAAGCUAUUGAGAGAUCCAACAUUCUACAAGAGAGCCUGAUCAAGCUGGUGGAGGCGUGUAAUGACCACUCAAACAGCAUGGACCGCUGGCUUAGCAAACUGGAGGCCUCUAACUGGCAGAGCCAUGUAAAAGAGAUCCUCACCACUGCCUGCCUGGCUGCUCAGUGCAUUGACAGAGAGGGUGCAUCAGUGCUGGUCCACGGGACAGAGGGCACUGACUCCACACUGCAGGUCACUUCUUUAGCCCAGAUCAUUUUGGAUCCAGGCUGCAGGACAGUCCGUGGCUUCCAGGCCCUUGUGGAGCGUGAGUGGCUGCAGGCGGGUCACCCGUUUCAGCAGCGCUGUGCCCAGUCUGCAUACUCCAACGGGAAGCCGAGGAGUGAAGCACCUGUGUUCUUGCUCUUCCUGGACUGCGUGUGGCAGAUCCUGCGCCAGUUUCCUUGCUCCUUCCAAUUUAACGAACACUUUCUGGUCACGCUGUUCGAACAUGCUUACGCCUCCCAGUUUGGCACUUUUCUGGGAAACAGCGCUGCAGAGAGGGUGACGUUGGAGCUCUGUCAGAAGACGGUGUCCCUGUGGUCAUGGAUGAAUAGGCCUCAGGAGCUGGAGCGCUUCCUUAACCCUCUCUAUGAGGCCAACAGUCUUGUGAUCUGGCCAUCUGUAGCUCCACAGAGUCUGCUGCUUUGGGAGGGUGUGUUCCUUCGCUUUAAUCGCUCAACCAAGUGUCUGGACGAGGCAUAUGAGGAGAUGGUCCAUAUUAUUGAAUACAAUAAGGAGCUACAGAAUAAAGUGAACAGCCUCAGGAGACAGCUAGCUCAACUAGAGACAGAGGACGGCCCUCUUCAGAGUCCAUAGAAAUGCAUCUUGACCUGAGAAAUCUGAACAGAGCCUUUCAGAGCCUAUUGAGCACUACUGAAAUUUAUUCUGACCCAUGCAUGUAUGUACACACGUGCACACAUUCACACACAUCACGUCUGCUCAGUCAGUCAUAUUGUCUUAAAGUACUUCGUCUAUGUGUAGUCAUAGUUUUUUUUUCUCACUGCUAGUUGCCACAUCAGGUGCUUAAACACUCACGAAGAAAAGCUAUGAUAACAUAGUGUGUGUGUGUGUGUGUGUGUGUGUAUGUGUGUAUAUAUAUAUAUAUAUAUAUAUAUAUAUAUAUAUAUAUAUAUAUAAAGCUAGCAACUUUCAUACACUAAAUGAAAGUUAUCGAGACAAGAGGCAAGUUAAUAGACAUGAAGGUGGUUGGGUGUAGCCCCUAUACCAAAUUGUGCUGUUAUUUUUUUAUUUUUUAUUUUUUUUUUUUUUUCCUGAAUAAUGAUGGUCAGUGCUUGAUGUGAUGGUCGAUGUUUGCCCAAAAACAAUUUGCUCUGAAAUCUUUUGUUGUAGAACAGUAGUGUAUAAUUUGCCAGUAUAAAGAAAAUGAUUUUAUAAGGGAAGUGAUAUUUCGGAUCUGUACAGUAAAAAGCCUGUGUUUUUUGCACACUUUGGUUCAAAGCUUAAUCGUGGUGUAACGGUAACCAGGAUUUAAGCAGAGCACCACUGAAAACAAAAUGUGUCGUGUAUCCAUUCAGGCUUCCUGUGUGUUUGUUUUCAGUUAAUGUUCAAUGCUUCACUGUUAUUCUACUUAGAAAUCCUCCUUAAAAUAAAAGAAAUAUCGAAGAAAAAUAAACAUAAAGACAUACCCUGCUCUUGCAAUGGUAUGUCUGGUAAUGCUGUUGCACUAAAAAUCAUACUCAAGUGCUAGUACCUUGUGUCUGCUGUAAUGUUGCACAUUAGACACAUAUUUAAUGUAGUGGUGGUCAAUAAUCCCUCUCUUGCAUUCGAUUACAGAUAAUGGGUUAAAACCAUACACUUACUACAAAAUACUAAGCUAUUUUAGACAUUUCCGUCAUCACCACCUAUGUGGUGGAGACAUCAUUUUUACAGUAAGGCCAUUUUGCUUAGCAUUUGGUCCCAGCAUCGUGUGCCAAUCUGAUCCGAUCCACAGCCACACGAGUGUAAUCUGGGUUGAAAACUUUCACCAUCUUGUCUGGCUUCAGGGCAGAAUGUGGAAUGAAAACUACACUGUAAUGCUAUUGUGAAGGCUGAGCGCAGACUCAUCCCAGACAUUCAUCUGGCCUUAAAAAAAAAACACAAAAAAACCCAGCUUCUCUUGACACUUAGUCCUCUGCCUUCCUUAUUAUAUCCUCUGGUGUGGAUUCACAUGUGUUUAAAUUUACUCAGACUGCUGAGGUCAUAGGGUGCAGAACACUGUCGGGACAAUAUACAUUUCAUUACAUGUUUAUUUGUCUGUAGUUUAGUAACUCCUCUGGUGUUCUGUAGCCAGAUUAUCAUCAUAUGUCUUAUGGGAUUCAUCAUGAACACAAGGCCUUUUUGUAAAUCAUUGUAGUUUUAGGUGGUAACGUUGUCAGUGGCAACAGCUUGUGGAGACAGGUUUUUGGACUGGCAUGUUAACCAAAUAAUUUGUAUUGCACUAUACCUGUUCACCGUUUACCCAAAACAUGCUCCAUGCUCUUUUUUUGGUCAGAUGUAACUUUAUUUUAUUUUGUUUUAUUUUUUAUGAAUGUUUCUUCAGUGCAAUGCUUUACUGAGACAGUGAUUUCACUGGUUGUAUUUCAGUGAUUGAUUCAUGUCACAUGUUGAUGUACAAUAACUAGAUUUAUGUUCUAUUCUUUGGGCAUUCAAAUGUUCUGUAGGUGGUUUCAUACAAAACACAAUUAAACAAACCCUUAAUAAAGUUAGAAAACGGUA